AUGGAGAAACGUGUUGGCGAAAUCAUUUGUCAAGAACUACCUUAUGUCCAUGUUCUGUCUUCAAAAAAGCGUGGAGAACAUUGUGAUUAUUGUUUUGAUAGGGUUGGAAAACUGAAGACAUGUUCAUCUUGUCAUGUUUUAAAAUACUGCUGCAGAAAAUGUCAGCAAUCAGACUGGAAACUACACAAGCUGGAAUGUAAAUGUCUGAAAAAUGUACCACCUGCAAUCAUGACUGAGUCUAUUUGCAUGUUUCUCCGUCUCCUCAUCAGACACAAGAAUGGUGAUCAUGAAAAAAUAUUUAAUGAUGAUCCUUUGUGGGGACGUUCAUUCCAAGAUUUGAUGUCACAUUCCAGUGAUAUAAAAAAGGAUGAAAAAAGAAAUAAUCAGUUCCAUCAUAUCAUGGAUGUUUUAUCAAAAUUAAUUGGUUCGAGCUUUGAACUCCCUUCAACUGAAAUUCUCUGGGAGAUCUUUGGCAAGAUGCUGAUAAAUAGCCAUAGUAUACAAGAUCAAGAACAUAAAGAGACUUUGGGAAUUGGAAUUUACCUUGGGACAUCUAAGCUUGACCACAGCUGUGACCCAAAUGCUGUGUUUACAUUCUCGGGGCCUGAGAUAACCAUACGUGCUGUGCGUCAGGUGGUCAAAGCGGAACCCCAACAAGUGUUUAUUAGUUACAUUGAUACCAACCGGCCAAGUUGGGAAAGAAAACAGGAAUUAAAAGAACGAUUUUACUUUGAUUGCCAAUGUUCACUGUGCACCACAAAGUGUCAACAAAUUGACUGCCUCAUGACAAGCAUAAAGUGUCCUAAUUCAGAAUGCAAUGGCUUCAUUGGAUUAAAACGUGAUGGGAAAGAUAAUUCUGUUUGGCCCUGUGGAAAAUGUAAACAUGCACCACAAACAACCAAGAUGAUUGAGCAGCUUCAUAGAAUAUGGGAUGCAAGUUGCAGCCAUAAAAUACGACUGGAUGAAUUAUUCAAGCAGGGAGAUAUGAAAUUUACACUGGAUUUUGCUGAGGAGAAACUAGAGAGCUUGCUUGAAAAUAACUUCUAUAAAUUCAACUCAAAUUUAAUAAAAAUAAUGGAAUUUGCCAAAGAUGCUUGCAUCCAACUGGAAUUCUGGGAAAAGGCAGCCAAUUAUGCAGAAAAGGUUUCUGAAGGGAUUCUCCACACCUUUCCUUCAGUCAAUAUCACAGUUGGUUUAUCCUUUCUUAUGCUGGGAAAGCUUCAGUUGUACCUGGACAGAACACAAAAAGCCUCAAAGAGUCUGAAAGUGGCAGAGAAUAUACUACGAGUCACUCAUGGAUCUGAUCAUGCACUUUACCAGCUUCUGGUUGAUUUUCAACAACAAUGUUGUCUGCUUUUAGGCAAUUCAGUUCAUUUUCUGGAGCAAGGCAAACAUAAAUCAUGA